AUGACUGGUCAGUCGGGGCGUGCUCGUCGUGGUCGUUUAACUUUAGAACAUGGUGUGAUUGAAACACCUGUGUUCAUGCCUGUGGGAACUUAUGGCACAGUUAAAGGCAUGUUGCCGCGCGAUAUCGAAGACAUCAAAGCACAAAUUAUUUUAGGCAAUACCUUCCAUCUUUAUUUACGUCCUGGACUAGAUGUUAUCCGUGAACACGGCGGUUUGCAUGAGUUUAUGAAAUGGGGCAAACCGAUUCUUACUGAUUCAGGCGGCUUCCAAGUCUUCAGUCUGGGUGCUAUGCGUAAAAUCAAAGAAGAAGGGGUUACUUUCCGCUCACCUAUCGAUGGUUCAAAAGUCUUUUUAUCUCCUGAAAUUUCAAUGGAUAUUCAACAUACAUUGAACUCAGAUAUUGUGAUGAUUUUUGAUGAAUGUACGCCAUAUCCAGCAACCCAUGAAGAAGCACAGAAAUCGCUUCAACUGUCAUUACGUUGGGCGAAGCGUUGUAAAACACAACAUCACGAUGUUUUAAAAAAUAGAAACGCAUUGUUUGGAAUCAUUCAAGGUGGAAUGUAUGAAGACCUUCGUGAAGAGUCUUUAAACGGUCUUAAAGAAAUUGAUUUUGAUGGCUUUGCGAUUGGUGGUUUAUCUGUAGGUGAACCAAAAGAAGAAAUGAUCAAAGUUUUGGAUUAUCUGCCUGCAAAAAUGCCAGAAGAUAAACCGCGUUAUUUGAUGGGUGUGGGUAAACCAGAAGAUAUCGUUGAAGCAAUUCGUCGCGGUGUCGAUAUGUUCGACUGUGUCAUGCCAACUCGAAAUGCACGUAAUGGUCAUUAUUUUGUUACCGAUGGUCUAGUUCGAAUUCGUAACAGCCAAUAUCGUCAUGAUCAAAGUCCACUUGAUCCACAUUGCGACUGUUAUACCUGUACCAACUUCACCCGUGCUUAUUUAUUCCAUUUAGAAAAAUGUGGUGAAAUGCUCGGUUCAAUGUUGGGUACGAUCCACAAUUUACGUUAUUACCAACGUUUUACCCAAGAUAUUCGUGAUGCUUUAGAUCAAGGAACUUUUGAUGAAUACGUGACUGAUUUCUAUCAACGUCGCGGUUUAGACGUUCCUCCUUGUCCUGCUGACUAA